CAGAAUUGGAUUCUUCUGGAAGUCGCUCCAUCCACCAUGAGACUCACGCAAGCCGCCGCGUCCGGCCUGCAACGCUGCUUUGGAAGACCACACGUGCGACUUCCCUAUGCUGCGCACCGUCCUUCCGCGCCGCGCUGGUGCCGUGCAUUCAGCGACAUCAAGAAUUACGAUGAAGACGAUGACGAAAUCCCGGCAUCCAAGAGCAUUGCAACCUUUGGUGAAGGUGAGAAAGCGCCCAUGGUGCCGCACGUACUGGUGAUUCCAACGCACAAGCGGCCGUUGUUUCCGGGCGUUGUCCUUCCCAUGACGAUCACGAACCCGGACGUCACGAAGGCUCUCGCCGCGCUUCGUGAAAGCGGCCAAAAGUACGUCGGUGUGUUCUUGAAGAAACAAGGAGGAAAAAUCGGUGCGGCUUCAAAGGACGAAAUGGGGUUCACUGGCAUGGAAUCGCAAAAGGACGAGGAUCUCGUGACCGAUCUGAGCGGGAUCCAUCAUGUGGGGAGCUACGCACGCAUUGACAACCUCAUCAACUUUGAAAACAACAGUGCGGCCCAACUGCUCUUGGUUGGCCAGCGCCGCAUCACGAUCGACGACGUCCACGACAGCGGCACUAUACCGCUGCGCGUGACCAUUUCUCCGGUCGAAAACCCCGCAUUUGACAAGUCGAACCAAAUGAUCAAGGCGUAUUCGAACGAGAUCGUGGCCACGCUGCGUGAAAUCGUGAAAAUGAACCCGCUGUUCAAGGAGCACAUGCAGUACUACUCGCAGCGGAUCGACAUCCACAAUCCGUACAUACUUGCGGAUUUUGCGGCGUCGGUGACGACGGGCGACGGUGAAGAGCUGCAGAGCGUGCUGGAAGAAUUGGAUUGUGAAAACCGUCUGAAGAAAGCGCUCGAGCUGCUCACGAAGGAGAUGGAGCUGUCUCGAGUCCAGCAAUCGAUCAAGGAACAAGUCGAAGAGAAGGUGACCAAGAACCAGCGGCAGUACUUGCUCAUGGAGCAGUUGAAAACCAUCAAGAAAGAGUUGGGGUUGGAGAAGGACGACAAGGAAGCGAUGCUAACAAAGUUUCGCCAGCGUCUCGACAACUUUAAGAUUCCGCCGAACCCAGACACCCCAGACGCGCAUUUGAGCCACGUGCCGAAAGACAUUCUGGAUGUCGUUGAAGACGAAAUGAACAAGCUCGCCAUGCUCGAGAAAAACUCGGCCGAAUUCAACGUCACCCGCAACUACUUGGACUGGCUCACGCUGCUGCCAUGGGGGAAAUCCACGACGGAAAACUUUGACAUUGUUGCGGCAAAGAUGAUUUUGGAUGCCGACCACUACGGCCUCUCGGACGUGAAGCAGCGCAUUCUCGAGUUUAUUGCCGUGUCCAAGCUGCUAGGUACGAUCCGUGUUGGCAUGCCCGUCAACGGCGGUCGUGUAGGUAAAGUCCAAGGGCGCAUCAUCUGCCUGGUCGGUCCCCCCGGCGUCGGAAAGACGAGCAUUGGCAAGUCGAUCGCGCGAUCGCUGAACAGGGAAUUCUACCGGUUUUCGGUCGGCGGGUUGAGCGAUGUGGCAGAAAUCAAAGGCCACCGUCGCACGUACAUAGGUGCGAUGCCGGGCAAGGUGAUUCAGUGCCUCAAGUCGACGCAGAGUUCCAACCCGUUGAUUCUGAUCGACGAAAUCGACAAGCUCGGGCGAGGCUACCAAGGCGACCCGGCGUCGGCCUUGCUCGAGUUGCUCGAUCCUUCGCAAAACACGUCCUUUGUCGAUCAUUACCUCGACGUUCCAGUCGACUUGUCGCGAGUUCUGUUUGUGUGCACAGCCAACGUCACCGACACCAUUCCCGGGCCCCUGCUCGACCGCAUGGAGGUCAUCCGAUUGUCGGGCUACGACGGGCCGGAAAAGGUCGCGAUUGCCAACCAGUACUUGGUUCCAAAGGCGCUGGAGAAGAGCGGACUCAAGGACUCGGAGCAUGUCCCGCCAUCUUUGGCCCUCCCAGACGACUCGAUUCAAGAUCUCGUCAAGCGGUAUUGCCGUGAAGCUGGUGUGCGCAACCUGGAGCAGCACAUUGAGAAGAUUUUUCGCAAAGUCGCGCUAGAAGUCGUCGAAAAUCUGGCCAAGGAGGCCGGGUCGGACGAUGUGGUCGCAAACUUCAAUAUUUCCCCCGACAAACUGCACAAAUACGUCGGCCAGCCCCGCUUUACGUCGUUCGUUGGAGCUCUCGAUGUAGCCUUGUGGAUUGAUGCAACUUGUGCGACUAGAGAACGCAUGUACGAAACAUUGCAGCCUGGUGUCGUGAUGGGUCUUGCGUGGACGGCCAUGGGAGGGUCGUCGCUCUAUAUCGAGACAACCACCGUUCAAAGCAAAGGUGGCAAGGGCAGCUUGUUGUCUACCGGUCAAAUGGGCAGCGUCAUGGAAGAAAGCACCAAGAUUGCGCACACGUAUGCGCGCCACAAGUUGGAACUGAUCGACCCCGACAAUGCGUUCUUUGAAUCGGAUAUUCACUUGCACGUCCCAGAAGGCGCUACGCCAAAGGACGGGCCGUCUGCAGGUUGCACGAUGGUGACGGCGCUGCUGUCGUUGGCCCUGAAUAAGUACACUUGAUAUGCCAUCAUGCGCAGUAGCACACACUGAUGGUUGUGUAGACCUGUCAAGGCCGAUCUCGCCAUGACGGGCGAACUUUCGUUGACGGGCAAAGUGUUGCCCGUGGGCGGAAUCAAAGAGAAGACGAUUGCUGCCCGUCGGUCCGGCGUCACGACGCUCGUGCUGCCGUUUGGCAACCAAAAGGAUUUUAACGAGUUGCCAGAGUACCUGAAGGACGGGCUCGACGUCCACUUUGCCAAAGAGUUUGACGACGUGUUCAAGGUCGCGUUGGACUAUUCCGAUUGCGAUGGUGCCAAAUAGCGAUAGAGGUUAGCAAGGAUUAUUCGAGACGGACCUGAACAACGAAUCCCUUGUCACGAGCGACAUCGUUGUGUCCCAUACGACCACUCGGAUCCUCCUUGCAUGCUGCUAGUGUCUCGACGACUUGGUGUCUGAGCUCUGCAGGAACUUUAAGAAAUGCUGCAUUCCAUGUUAAGUGCCAAUGGCUCGUCGCGCACUCACGCAGUGCGACACUGACCACCGGCUCCACCAUCAUGGCAUGGCCGAGUUUCACGGACUUUCACGGCGGAAGCAGCGUUCUGCGCAGGCUGGGACUUGACUGCACUGGACCAUGG